CAUUCUUGUUAUAAACAGAACAAAAUGACUGCACCUAAAGUCCCUGAAGUAGUUCUCUCCUCCUCCUCGGGACAGAGGAAAAUGCCGGUGAUUGGCCUCGGCACCGCUCCGGGAUCAAUCAGUAAGGGUACCACAAAAGAUGCUGUCCUUGAAGCCAUCAAACAAGGUUAUAGACAUUUUGAUGCUGCUGCUGCAUAUGGUGUUGAACAAUCUGUUGGAGAAGCCAUUUCAGAAGCACUUAAACUUGGACUCAUUUCAUCUAGAGAUGAACUUUUUGUUACUUCUAAAUUGUGGGUCACUGAUAACCAUCCUGAACUCAUUGUUCCUGCUCUAAAGAAAUCUCUCAGGACUCUUCAAUUAGAAUACUUAGACCUCAUUCUCAUCCAUUGGCCUAUUACUACAAAACCAGGUGAAGUUAAAUACCCUAUUGAAGUGUCAGAGAUUGUUGAAUUUGACAUGAAAGGUGUGUGGACAUCAUUGGAAGAAUGUCAAAAACUUGGUCUCACCAAAGCAAUUGGAGCUAGCAAUUUCUCUAUCAAGAAACUUGAAAAAUUGCUGUCCUUUGCAACCAUCCCUCCUGCAGUGAAUCAAGUGGAAGUCAACCUUGGAUGGCAACAACAGAAACUUAGAGCUUUCUGCAAGGAAAAGGGUAUAAUUGUAACUGCAUUCUCACCCCUCAGAAAGGGUGCUAGCAAGGGAGCUAAUUUAGUUAUGGACAAUGAUAUACUCAAAGAAUUGGCUGAUGCUCAUGGCAAGACUAUAGCUCAGAUUUGUCUCAGAUGGUUAUAUGAACAAGGAUUGACUUUUGUGGUUAAGAGCUAUGACAAGGAGAGGAUGAAUCAAAACUUGCAAAUAUUUGAUUGGUCAUUGACCGAAGAUGAUUACAAGAAAAUAAGUGAAAUUCACCAGGAGAGACUCAUCAAAGGACUAACCAAGCCUCUUCUUGAUGAUCUAUGGGAUAAAGAAUGAACAAUCACUUAAAUUUGAAAUAAUGGAUAUUUAUUGUUGCUUACUCUCAAUAAAGCUAGUGUCCUCAUAAUAGUUAUAUAUUAGUGCACACUCUCUCACUUAUAUGUUUUUCAGUAUAAUUUUUGGCACUAGUAUCGAUUCAAGUUGAAGGCAGACCUCUUAGCUUUUGUGUUAGAUGAGAAUUAGCAUGAGGGAUAAACUAUCUCCUUUAACAUUAUCUGAUUUCAUCCUUUGGUUGCAUCAAGAUAUCCACUGCUAUUGCAUGCUAGCCUGAUCUGGAUCCCUUGACUUUGGGCUAAUAUCAUACGUCUGAUAUCAUUUUCUUUUUUUAUGAUAAGCUGAUAUGCUGUUUUCAAUAUGAAUAUCGAUCAAUAAAAAUAGACACUUUAUGGGA